AACUUUCAAAAUGUCAAAACAAGAAAUAGAUAGCGAUGGUUUUCGAAUAGUUUCCUCAAAACGUUCUGCUAAGUAUAAACAAACCAAAGUUCCAUACAAAGCUUCACAGUUUAUAAAAGAAGAAAACGAAAUUAACGUUGAAAAAUCUUAUCAGCGAGCUUUAUCUGCUGUGAAAGAUUUGGAAGGAUCGCAAUAUUAUAGCGACGUUUUUAAAGCAGUGAGUACAAUUUUAAACGAGAGAAAUGUAUCAGAAAUAGUUUGUUUCGGUCUAGGGCAUAUCGGAGAAUGCAAUAUUUCACGGUAUCAGCUAGCUUUUUUGUUAUGCUUAAAAAAAUCUUUUAAACCUCUUAAAGUAUUAGUUCACGAUCCUAUAUUUUAUUUAGGCGAAUGUGAAUUACUUAGACGGUUAGGGUUGACAGUAAUUGUGGAAAAUAAUGAAGGAAGUUAUGUAAUAUCUAAAGAAAAUAUAACCUUAGUGUACCUUCCACAUUGCCCUAAACAAUUAACUAACAACUUUCUUUGGAGUAACUGGGAUAUUCGUUUAGAAAAUUGCAUUCUCCUUUGCAAUAGUUUUACUUCAUUAGUAGAAAAUCAUCCUAGUAGAAUAUUGCAAGCAAUAGUUCCUUAUAUUUACCAAUUAUCAAACUAUGUUAAUGAAGUUACUUUAGACAACAAUUUUCAAUACAAAGACAUAUUUAAUGAUACAACAAUCCACUACAUAAAAAAGGAUACAUUAUCUAAAGUUGAUUGUAAUUUUUGGAAGAAAUCGGACAAACCUAAAUAUGAAGAUAUGGAAGAGUUUAUAACAGCACAGAUGGUUGAAAAAUUGAACAUUUGAAUUGUUUUAAGGGUUGAAAGAUGGCGUCGAUAACGACUAAACCGGCAUUAGUAACGUUAAGAGGGAUAUUAUCUGAGAUAAGAAAGCAGAGUUC